AUGUGGUACGAAAUUGUGCCCUCCUUUGCUAUUAUGCUGGGUGCCGUAGCUCUGCUGGACCCAAUUUGCAAGGGCAUUUCAUAUGCUCUUUACAGGAGGGUAAGUGUUUUAGUUUGGUAGUUCUCUGUUUGAUUUCCAGUGGAGUGGCCCCGAUUUCUUCGCCGUAAGGGGUGACUUUAAUAUGUUUUUACGAGAUUGGGAUGUUGCAGGAAGCCACUAUAAGAUGAAGGUAAAUCCUUAAUAGUACUUUUCAAUGUCUUAGGGAUUGGAAGCAAUCGAGGACUGA